AGUAGCGGUACUCUUACUGCAGUUCGUGCGCUGUGUGUGUGUGUGUGUGCGAGAGUGCGCGGUGUGCAUGUGUGUGUUUACGGUGGGGCAGCCCUAAAUCACGUGCAUACAAAACAAAAAACGGCAUUUAUUUACAUUUAGAUGCCACUAUAAAAAAAAUAGGAGACGCCGACGCUCAGGUUCGCUGUAAUUCAAAGUUAGUAAAUCCUAAACAAUCGCUUGCGUGCAAAAGUUUUUCGGUCCUAAUCAAUACUUGGCAGACGGUCAUUUAGUUUUAAUUGUUACAAGAAAUCAAGAAUUGGUCUUCGAAAACGUUUGGGGAGUACCCAAAUUACCAAUAGUAACAACAAUAACACCUGCAAAGAGACGAUGACGGCCAAAAGCGAUAAGGAUAUACUGGCCAAUUCCAUGUAUGAGGAUGACCCCAAUGGCAACUCAGCGCCCGCCACCACAAAGGAUCAGGAAUCGGAAAUGCCGGAGGAACUAAAGGUCACCACUGGUGCCAUAACAACAUCAGUCAACCCAGUGACCAUAACUUCGACUUCGCCACGUUGGGGACCACAGAAUAAAGGCGCCCAGGAACUAGCCUCGUUAUACAGUCCAGGGAAACGCGCCCAGGAAAUCAUUUGUGUUUACACCUGUAUUGGCCUAAUGAUCAUCAACCUGGCUUUGAUUGUUAGGCACUUGCGAUUGGAACGGAUAAGUGUAGCUUUCUUAUCCGCAUUAUGUGGCAUUAUAACGGCUGACUUUGCCUCUGGCUUAGUGCACUGGGCGGCAGAUACAUGGGGAUCGGUGGACUUACCCAUGAUUGGAAAGAAUUUCCUACGACCUUUUCGAGAGCAUCACCUGGAUCCCACAUCCAUAACGCGUCACGAUUUCAUUGAGACAAACGGUGACAACUUCAUGGUUGGCAUACCAAUCCUUGGCUAUUUGGCUCACUUUUUCUACAUAAGGACGCCGAGUGAGAUUCAGCAACAUUUCGGUUGGAUAGCCUAUGUGUUUCUCUGUUCCAUAUUUGUUGCCAUGACCAAUCAGAUACACAAAUGGUCGCACACCUAUUGGGGCUUGCCGAGAUGGGUCCUGUUACUCCAGAGCUGUCACAUUAUCCUGCCACGCAAGCAUCAUCGCAUCCACCAUGUGGCACCUCAUGAAACGUACUUUUGCAUCACCACCGGAUGGCUAAAUUGGCCACUGGAACGAAUAAGAUUCUGGUCAACAUUCGAGCUUAUCAUCGAGCAUUUCACCGGUCUUAAGCCCCGCGAUGACGACCUGAAAUGGGCCAAGAAGCUCACAUAGAUUUGCUGGGCCAGCGACUGUAUAUAGGAACCUUGGACCAAGCAGCCUUAACUUGCUGAAAGUCAUCAACAAAUGUUAUCAUAUUAUCGAAAUGUUUUGCACAACGAAUUAGCUUUAAAUGAGGGCAGAUUACAGUACUUGUAAAGUAAAUUGAGCAAAUGGCAUAGUUAUCAGUUGCAUAUUUGUUAUAAAUAGUUGAUUAUUUUA